CGCACAUGGUGGCAGCAGCGGUAUCAUUCCAGUUUGUACAAUUUGUUCCCCACGUCUUCACAUGCUCUUUUCACUUAGGCACUCAACAUGGCUCGAGGACCUAAGCACCACUUGAAGCGUCUCCAUGCGCCCAAGUCAUGGAUGUUGGAUAAAUUGGGUGGUGUUUUCGCCCCCAGACCAUCAACUGGUCCGCAUAAACUCAGGGAAUGUAUUCCCUUGGUUAUUUUUCUACGUAACAGGUUAAAGUAUGCCUUGACCAACUCAGAAGUUACGAAAAUUACCAUGCAACGUCUGAUAAAAAUUGACGGCAAAGUUAGAAUUGACCGCAACUAUCCUCUUGGAUUCAUGGAUGUCUUAUCUAUCGAGAAGACUGGUGAAUACUUUAGAUUAAUCUACGACGUUAAAGGACGUUUUGCUACCCAUAGAAUCACCGCCGAGGAAGCGAAAUACAAGUUAUGCAAAGUACGUAGAGUCCAAACAGGACCUAAAGGUAUUCCAUUCUUGGUAACACACGAUGGCCGUACUAUCCGGUAUCCCGAUCCGGUAAUAAAAGUAAACGACACAAUUCAAUUGGAUAUCGCGACAUCUAAAAUAAUCGACUCAAUCCGAUUUGAACCCGGUAAUUUGUGUAUGAUUACUGGUGGAAGAAAUUUGGGGCGUGUUGGUACUAUCGUAAGUCGUGAACGUCAUCCUGGUUCAUUCGACAUUUGUCACAUAAAAGAUGCACAAGGGCAUACUUUUGCUACUCGAUUGAACAAUGUUUUUAUUAUUGGAAAGGGAACAAAGGCCUACGUAAGCUUGCCCCGAGGCAAAGGUAUCAAGCUUUCAAUUGCUGAAGAACGUGAUAAAAGAUUAGCAGCCAAAGGUGGCAACUAAUUGUAAUGGUAUGGGUGGAUUUUUUUAAUAAACUAAUUACCAUCUGCUGGAA